CAGUAGACAGAUAAGCGCGUCUGAGAGACUGCAGGCAUCUCUGUGAUCUCCGGGCACAAGGCUGCCGCACUCGGCGCACUACAGAGCGAAUCGCACUGCAUCAUUACCGAAUAGGCAAAGGAUCUGUGAUUAUCUAUGACUAUUUUCCAGCUCUCGUAGCUGUUUCCCCCCUCCCCUCUAUUUUAUUUAUUUUAUUUUUUUCUUCUCCUGAGCACUUUAAUUCGAGACGUUCGCCAAGAUGAUGUCCAUGAACAGCAAACAGCCGCACUUCGCCAUGCAUCCCUCCUUACCCGAGCACAAGUACACCACUCUGCAUUCCAGCUCGGAAGCUAUAAGGAGAGCCUGCCUGCAAACUCCACAGCUACAGAGCAACAUAUUCGCGAGUCUGGAUGAGACCUUGCUGGCUCGGGCAGAGGCUUUGGCCGCCGUGGACAUCGCCGUGUCCCAGGCCAAGACGCACCCGUUCAAACCGGACGCCACCUACCACACGAUGAGCACGGUGCCAUGCUCGUCGACGUCCACUGUGCCCUUGGCCCACCACCACCACCAUCAUCACCACCACCACCACCAGAACCUGGAGCCUCCGGACAUCAUGGAUCACAUCGGCUCGCCGUCCCUCACCCUGAUGUCCUCGCACGACGGGACAGGCGGAGGAGGUGGCGGGGGAGGCGGAGGUGGCGGCGGAGGGCUCAUCUCCACCUCCUCUGCCCACCCGCAUUCCCACAUGCACGGUUUGGGUCACCUAUCCCACCAGGCAAUGAGCAUGAACUCGUCGCUCACCCACCACGGGCUCUUACCGGGCCAUCACGGUGGAAGCCAAGGCGGCCCAGGUCUGACAAACCCCGGACUUCCCUCCAUCAAUGACUCGGACACAGACCCAAGGGAGCUGGAGGCUUUCGCGGAGCGCUUCAAGCAGCGGAGGAUCAAGCUGGGGGUGACCCAGGCGGACGUGGGCAGCGCUCUGGCUAAUCUCAAAAUCCCCGGUGUGGGCUCGCUGAGCCAAAGUACAAUUUGUCGAUUUGAGUCCUUAACUCUGUCCCACAACAACAUGAUUGCGCUCAAACCCAUCCUUCAGGCCUGGCUGGAGGAGGCCGAGGGGGCCCAGAGGGAGAAAAUGAGCAAACCUGACAUUUUCAACGGCGGGGAAAAGAAACGGAAGAGGACCUCGAUAGCAGCCCCGGAAAAGAGGUCUUUGGAGGCGUACUUCGCCGUACAGCCUCGGCCGUCCUCCGAGAAAAUAGCGGCCAUAGCUGAAAAGUUGGACUUGAAAAAAAAUGUGGUGCGAGUGUGGUUUUGUAACCAAAGACAGAAGCAGAAAAGGUUGAAAUUUUCAGCUGCUCACUGAUGGGCAGAGACAACAGAGAGAAAUGAAAUGAAGAGCUGGGUGACUGAAUUUGGGGACCAAGGGACACUAACAAGACACCAUUUUCAGUCUUUUGUCUCCAGCGACUUUACACGUUGGUGCACAAUGGACUAUAGACACCCAUUUUAUGAGGCUUCAUAUAUCUUGUUUAUUUUUCACGUUAUUGGUGAAUGUGAAGUAUGCAAAUACCAGACUACACAAAUUUCGCUCAGUUGUUGCGAGGGAAAAGUUUAGCGUCGUCGUCGUCAUUGCCUUUCGAAACGCGCGGAAAGACGUAAUUUGCUCGAUACAAUAUAGCGAGUUGUUUUUCUCCUCUAAUAGGCCUAUGAUUUGAAAUAUAGCCAUUUACGAAUUACCUCAUUUAUUGUUGAACUGUGUUUCGGUUUGAUUCUUGUCACUGUUUGGUAUAGAGUAAUUCACGAAGCUGUUCAUUUAUUCAUGUGUUCCUUUAUUCUAACUUUAGAAGCUGCUAUACACUUCAAAUUUUGUUGCAAACUUUAAUGUCUAACGAAAAAAAAAAUAAUUAAUAAAAUAAAUUGGGCCUGCAUGAAAUACUAAUUCACGGGAAGCAAAUAAGCCUCUACAGGCCAUCAUAAUAACUACAGAUAUAUUUAUUUAAAUUUGCACACACAAAAAAAGACCCUUUAGGUUUAGAUCGACAUGGUUUGUAUGUACAGACUACAGUUUUAUCACUUACAAGAGGCGAACUUCUGUGUUUUGGAAACAAUUUCUAGGGGUCUUGCGACACCUUUGGCAUCACAGAUCAGAGCACGAACAGCGUGUGUGCUUCAUGAAGGAGUAAUCACAAUAAAAAAAGAAGAGGAAAAUUUUCUUUUAUGCGUUUCAGUUUGCAGUGCAAACACUCUAUGCAUUUAAGAAAAAAAUAAAUAAAUCACUGCUUACAGUAGUGCUAUCUACUGAUAGACCUUAUUUUUUUUUGUGGGUGGUUGUAAGUCACUGUUAAAUGCUUGUUUUCGCAUUAAGAUCACCUCGUUGUUUGUCGUGUUAACUGUUGCGGAGUCGUUGUGUAAGUACUAUUUACUUUGUGCACAGGUAUGUUUACAAAACUACGGCGCCAUGUGCAUCAUGGAAAAUGUCUCCUUCCCUCACUCACAACUUCUACACUCUCCUCUGUUGUCCUCUUACUUUCAUUGGUACUCUCCAUCCUGUACGCCAAAAUCCAACGGGGAGUGUGUUCCAGCAAUCUUCUAAUAAAUCAAAGAA